GGGAUGCCUGGAACAAAUAUGUGAUUACACUGUUGCCUGUCAUUGCAAAGGUCUGGACUCUGACAUACUUGGUCCUUUCCAGUUCUGUGCCAUUUCUGCCUGUGCAAGACAAGAGUGUUGGAAUAGAAGAAAUCGGGGGAAGAAACCACAGUGGUCCAAGAAGAGUCUCUGGUCUACAUGUACCACUGUCUUUCCAGAGCGUGACUUAACAAACAUUAGUUAUUCUAAUACCUUGCCUGUUAGUCUUCAUGGGCAGCAAUUCCGCCUUCCUGUGAGAGUCUAAGCUGGGGAAACUUCUGGACCAGUAGAAUGGACUUGAGUAUUUUGUUCGAUGUCAUUCUGACAAGGCCGUGUGCUGUGGGUAAGAGGACUGAAUUUGCCCUAAAAGAAAUCAUGUCAUCAGGAGGAGCUGAAGAUGAUAUUCCUCAGGCAGAGAGGAAAACAGUCACAGACUUUUGUUAUCUGCUGGAUAAAUCUAAACAGCUCUUCAACGGCUUAAGGGAUUUACCUCAGUAUGGACAGAAGCAGUGGCAGUCCUAUUUUGGGCGAACAUUUGAUGUUUACACCAAACUGUGGAAAUUUCAACAGCAGCAUAGGCAAGUUCUGGACAAUCGGUACGGCCUAAAGCGGUGGCAAAUUGGGGAAAUUGCCUCCAAGAUUGGGCAACUCUACUAUCAUUAUUACCUGCGGACAUCUGAAACCAGCUACCUGAAUGAGGCCUUCUCUUUCUAUUCAGCAAUUAGACAGAGAUCGUAUUACUCCCAAGUCAAUAAAGAAGACAGGCCUGAAUUGGUGGUCAAAAAGCUUCGGUACUAUGCAAGGUUUAUAGUAGUUUGUCUUUUGCUCAACAAAAUGGAUGUUGUAAAGGACCUUGUAAAGGAACUGUCAGAUGAAAUUGAAGACUACACCCAUCGCUUCAAUACUGAGGACCAGGUGGAAUGGAACCUGGUUCUGCAGGAGGUGGCAGCUUUUAUUGAGGCAGACCCUGUGAUGGUUCUGAAUGAUGACAAUACCAUCGUAAUCACUUCCAACAGACUGUCUGAAACAGGGGCUCCGUUGCUGGAACAAGGAAUGAUCGUGGGACAGCUUGCUCUUGCAGAUGCACUAAUUAUUGGGAAUUGCAAUAACCAGGUCAAGUUCAGUGAGUUAACAAUUGAUAUGUUUCGAAUGCUGCAAGCACUUGAAAGGGAACCGAUGAACUUGGCUUCACAGAUGAAUAAACCUGGAAUGCAGGAAUCAACUGAGAAACCAGCCAGGCGGGAAAAUCCCCACAAGUACUUGCUGUAUAAACCAACCUUCAGCCAGCUGUAUACAUUUCUAGCAGCAUCAUUUAAGGAGCUGCCCGCAAACAGCGUGCUGCUGAUUUACUUGUCUGCUACAGGAGUGUUCCCCUCAGGUCGUUCGGAUAGUGAAGGUCCGUAUGAUUUUGGUGGUGUUCUUACAAACAGUAACAGAGACAUUAUAAAUGGGGAUGCAAUCCACAAGCGAAACCAGUCUUACAAGGAGAUGCACUGCCUUCACCCUGGUGAUCUGUACCCUUUCACAAGAAAGCCCCUCUUUAUCAUUGUGGACUCUUCAAACAGUGUCGCCUAUAAGAACUUCACAAAUUUAUUUGGACAACCACUGGUGUGCUUGCUUUCUCCAACAGCGUAUCCCAAAGCAUUACAAGAUCAGUCUCAGCGGGGUAGCCUCUUCACCCUCUUUCUGAACAAUCCUUUAAUGGCAUUCCUAUUUGUCUCUGGAUUAUCAAGCAUGCGCAGAGGAUUGUGGGAGAAGUGUCAAGAUUACCUUAGAAAAAUCAACCGGGAUAUUGCUCAGCUGCUGACUCAUUCCCGCUCCAUAGAUCAGGCUUUCCUUCAGUUUUUUGGGGAUGAAUUUCUUCGCUUACUUCUAACAAGAUUCAUCUUCUGCUCUGCCACCAUGAGGAUGCACAAAAUUUUCCGGCAGGAAACUCGAAAUUAUCCAGAAUCUUAUCCCCAGUUGCCAAGAGACGAAACAGUGGAGAACCCUCACCUCCAAAAACACAUUUUGGAGUUGGCUUCCAUACUGGAUGUUAGAAAUGUGUUCCUGGAAAACACCCUCGACGACUAUUAAAAGAAACUUUCUUAUUGCAAUGGGGUUUCCCUAGCCACAGUUUUUGAAUGGUGCAGUUUUCUAAUGUGAAAAUCCAGAAAAGGAAUUACUUGAUUUUUAUUUUUAAAUUUAAGACCAUUAUUAAAAAAAACAGCUGUUAGCUUGGCUGUUCCAUUCUGUAUGGGGUCAAUUUUAUAAACAAAUGUUUUCAUGUCUUUUAAAUGUUAACCUAAGGAAUCCCUGGAGUUUUAUUUUUGUUUUGUGGCUGAAAUUAACCACAUCUCCAACAGAUGAUCCUAAGUACAAGUAUUAUUGGUCACUUUUAGCCCACGUUUGUGGAAAAUCCUUUAUUUUUGUACAAUUUUAAAAAAUUGGAAAGGGAAAAAAAUAGGGAAAAAAAACAAUAUUUUCUCCCCAAAGAGUUUGGAUUUGAAACGAUAAAGUUUGAACCAUACAGCGCAAACCAACAAUAGCAAUAAGAGUCCUUCGUAAUAAAUAUAUAUUUUUCAUUCUUAGGUGAAUAAUUGGACAGAAAUGUUAGAAUGCAGUUGGAGCAGCAGGGUUGAAGUAGAGCUGUCAAGGACUCCCCUGCAAUCUAGUGUUCCUUGUAAAUUGGUCAUUUAAAUCUUGCACUGCACAGCACUGCCGGCCAGGGAUGCAUAUCCCAUUCUGCCUGCUUUGGGUGUGGGAUAGCAGGCUGGUGUGCAUUAAAUAAAGCUGGCCCUUCCCCCCCCUCCCCACCAUGCCUGAGGUCGGAGCCCACCAUUUUUCUGUCAUGGGAGGACAGUGUGUUACUCCUUUUUUGCUUAUUGGUAGCUCUUCUGAAAUCGCCAGGAUUCCCCGUCCUUUCCUCACAUGAAUGAAGAAGCUAACGGGAACAGCAUUUCCGGUGCCUGGGAAUUGAAAGUGUCCCAUAGCAGUACUGAGUACCAGCCCUCCCCAAGAAACACUUGGCCAGAAGCCUCACAGAACUGGUGCAGUUACCUACUUGUAACCAUGAGAUGAUUUUUUCAUGCAUCUUUUUGACCCCAGAAGACCUGUUUUGUUUCGUUUGGUUUUUGUUGUUGUUACGGUUAACAAAAGUAAGUUCUGUUACAAAGCACUGCGAUCCUACAUGUAGCAAAUACCUAUUCCUCCAUCGUGCUCCGCCACUUCCCUGGUCUGGAGAUGCUCUUGAAAGGGCAGACUGGCUGAGGAGUGAGAGGUACAUGAUAACAGCUAGCAGGGCUUGAUUUAUAGGUUCUCCAGCCUCAGUUGGGACCCUUUUAAUUGGAUAUUUUUGUUUGGACGUAACAUCUCUCAGCAGAGUCUCAUGAAGUCUCCAUUUUGGGUACAGUGAAGAAUGGUUAUGAUCUGUGUGAAUGUGUUUGCUGGGAAAGCAGGAGUUUGUUGCUGGCUGGACAAAUGCCUCUGGAGUUGCACAGUGGCUGCAGGAGCUCUUGCACUUGCUGACAGAGAGGCAGCCUGGAGCAGAGAGGAGAGAGCGCUGGGGAGCUUUGAAGUAAAUGUUUCAUACGUCCAGCCUAAUGAUUAUUGACACCCCAGAUUUCAGACAGUCUUCACUUGAGUUAGCAACAGCAGAUAAUACAACUCUUCCCAAAACCAAGCUGAAGGCUAGCAGAUACCAUUGUUUCAAUGUUUGGCUUUUAUAAAAAUAUUUAAAAAGUGAAGUGUACUUUCUGAGAAUAUUGAUGCUGCCCAGAAGGUGUUCAUGCUUUUAAAUCCAGGGCAGGGUUGUCUUUGUAGAAAAGAAGCAUAAUUUAUAUAUCAAAAAUUACAAAAUAGUUUUUCAAAUGGACUGAAUUGACAAAUCUGGAAUAAUAUUAGCAAAUCAAACAAGUCAUGCUGCUUCUGUAUGGGUAAAAUCUGGCUGGUAUUGGAAAGGCUGCCUUCUAGCUUUUGUUAUUGUGCAUGGCUCUGCUGUCUGAAUUAAGUCCAUUAUGGUGUUCCAAGUACCGUAUUAAUUAAACCGCAGUAGAGCAAGCACAGUGGAUCAUGACCGUAUGAGUUAGCAACAUGGAGCGUUCCA